UAUAUAGCUUAUAGAAUCUCUAAGAACAAUUUACAGUAGAUCAGAGAUUUUACCAUCGGAGCUUUAGAGAGAUACAGAGAGAGAGAGGAUGUCUCACAGUCACGGAAACGCUUCGUCGGCGAACGAUCCACGGCUGCCUUCGGCGGCGAAACCUUACACUCCACGGCCUGUAGCGCCGGAGGAUCUUCCCGUUGACUACUCCGGAUUUAUCGCCGUUAUCCUUGGCGUCUCCGGCGUUAUGUUCAGGUACAAGAUAUGCUCGUGGCUUGCAAUUAUAUUCUGUGCACAAUCUCUCGCCAACAUGAGGAACUUGGAAAAUGAUUUAAAGCAGAUCUCCAUGGCUAUGAUGUUUGCUAUAAUGGGAUUGGUUACAAACUACUUAGGGCCUAAUAGACCCGCGACGAAGAAAUGAUCCUCAAGUCUAAGAGGGUAGCCAAGUACUCUGCUCGUCUUUUAUCAACCUUGUUUGGUUCUUCUUUCCGCACCAGAGAUUGUCAGUGAUUUAUUUUUGUGUUUCGACUCUCUAAUCUGAGUAACAAACUAGAACCCUGAGCUCUUGUUCAUUUGUGGAGUUCUAAGAUUCUCAGUCUGGAUACAAAGAAUGAGAAAUGCGAUUUUUCUCUUUUGAUCGCAUGAUUUUUUGGACCCGGUUACUUGGAUCAUUGUUGAUAGAUCAGACGGAAGAUGAAAUUGGUUGUUACAACA